AUGAAGCUGGGCGGCCGCUACGACGUCACCAGCGAGGUCGACGGCAUGCGCGCGCCACUGCACGGCCUGGAGUUCCACGUCGACGACGCGGUCGAGUUCCCGCAGUUUCGCCGGCUCGUGGCCGUCGACCUUGUCGACGUGCGCCGGCUGCCAGUGUGGCUCGUCGGGGCCAGCAAGACGGGCAUUUUCAACGUGUACACGGCGAAUAAGGACUCCGAGGCGGUUUUCCAGGAGGUGGUGGCGUACUGCGACUUUGAGCGCGGCGAGAUUGUGGGCUUUUUGCUGGAGACGGACGAGAGCCAGCGGUACGUGGUGCUGUUUCCGCGGCUGGAGGAGGACCACGUGGAGAUCAAGGGCGUCGUGCUGGAUCUGGACAACGAAUUUGUGCGCCGCGCGGAGCGGCUCGCCGGCGCGGCCGUCGAGUGCGAAGUGCCCAGCGACGCCGCCGCAAUUGUCGAGGCGCCGCGUCUGCGACGCGAAAACAGCGUCCUGGACAACUAUCUGCAGAAACGCAACAGCCAGCCGCCGCAGGCGCCCCGGCCUGCGCCGCGCGAGCACAACGUGGGGGAAAAAUUCAACCGGACGGUGGAGCGGCUGGCCGCGCGCGAGGUGCGCCGUCUGGGGCUGCAGGCGCAGCUGAGCAAGGACGAGUGCAAAGAGCUGUACGGGAUCGCGCUGAAGUCGGCGCGGUUCCUGUUCCGACGGCAGCUCCGCCAGCAGCAGGAGCCGCCCGCGGACAAGCUGGCCAACGUUGUGCGCAACACGAUCCAGCUACAUCUGGAGGAGCUAUAG